UCAUAGUUUUCCUUCCCUUUCACCCUCCUCCUCCUCCUCUUCCUCACAGAUCUGCAUGUCCUCCUUGACAGAAAGUCCACAGGGACCGAGAGCGCCAUUGGGUGUCGCUGUCCGCGUAAAGUCUCCACCGGCAGGUUUUGGUCCGACCGGACCCCAACACAGUCUGAAGUGUCAGACAGUCUCGUUAACACGUGAGGAAAUCCAGUGUAUGGGAAAGAGAAGAUAGAAGAGGAAAAGCGGGAGAGGGCUGGCAGGAAAAACACGCGGAAGAGACGUUUUUUGGGGGGAGAGCUGGACCUGGAGGAAACCGCCGAGGUCUGGAUGAGGGAAUGCCGAAAAGGAGAGCGUACAGGCGGCCAGAGCACCAGACAUGAGUCCGAGGUAAGAGCGUGAUUCGAUAGAGAGGCGCGGAGGACAUCCACGCUGAUGUGUGUUAUUCUGUGACAUAAUGAGCAGCUGGUGGGCUGAAAUGAUGAGUUUCCACAGGUUUUUAAUACAUGUAGUGUAAUCGUUUUGAGUCUGUGGUCCUGAUGGAGCACAAAGCGCAGACGAGACUCCAGCAUCUGGAUGAUUUGGGCACGUCCGGCCUUGAGCUCAUCUGGAGGACAGUCUGUUAGAGAUUUUUAAUGCUCACUGAUCAUCUUCAUCACGAAUGUUUAAUUUAUAAAAGACAGAAUGUCAAAGAAGUAAUGUAUUUUAAAAAUUAAUUCAGAUUAGUUCAAAAACUUUUGCUUUUUCAUGACAAAUCAGCAGGACACUGUUAUAAGCUGCUUUUUUUGCAGGAUUUAAGGUUAAAAAAUCAUUGCAAACACACUUUCCAGUGAGUUAUUGCUCAGUUUAAACAUCACAACAUACCACUAUGUCACUGCAUCGUUUUAGAAAAAUGUAAAUUUGAGGAGGUUUAUUGAAGUAACAGCAGGUGUCUCACCUGAGAGACACACACACACAGAGAAAGGGGGAGGUAGAGUUUUAAAAGUUGUCAACCAAGCCUCCUCUUGGUUUCCACUGAGUUGAUCUUUUCUUAAAGUGAAGCCAGAAGGACUAUUAAAGCCUCAACUGCUCUCUGAGGAGGUCUGUAAGGAAGAGUUACACCAUUAUUUAACUGUGUAAUGGAUUUGAAUUAUUUAAAAAGCAGUGAAAUUUCACAACAUCAACAAGUGUGCAUUCACUUCAUAAAUCCCACUCACACAAAAAAAAGCAAACACAAAUUAGGUUUAAAUUUGAUUACAAUAAGCCCCUGGUAAGAAAUAAAACCAAUUAUGCUGGUGUGUUUAGGGGGAAUGUAAAUCCUCAUAGUCAUUUAAAUGAAUAAACUUAAAGAAACUCUCAGUCAUCUCUAUUAUUUCACUCUUCUUUCGCCUCAAACUGACUGCGUAAUCAUAAAUAAGGAACAUAGAGUAUAUCUGAGUGUAUACAAUGGCUGCCUGUCUCUUUAAGACGAUGUGUUGAGAAGUUCAAUUCGGGGUCACAUAAAGUUCCUGCCCUCGAUGUUACCUUUUAGUUUUAUUAUAGACUGACAUCACACGGGGCGCUAAAACACUUAAGGCGCAUAGAGGCUCCAUUAUCAUCCCGGUGCGCGUUAUUGCUCCGACUCAAAAAUAGCUAAGGAAAUUACUGGGAAAAAAAACGGAGGAAACUGAUGCUGGUCUAAGCACGUAAUUUUUUAUAGGAGGGGAUGAGAAAGGGGGGGUAAGAGUAGAGGAGGGGCAGAGAGACACUCCGAAAAAGAAAAAAAAACGAAGGAGAGGGAGGAAAGUGGGUGGGAGGACGGACCUAAAGGAGCGACAAGAAAUUCAUAUCAAUUAAUAAUCAUAAAAAAAGAGCUGGCAGACGAGCGCGGAAAACUGGCAUGGUUUUUGGAGGCUGGCAGUUCAAAGCUGAAACGUCAGAUAUGACUCCUGGAGGCUGCUGAGAUGAUCAUUAAGGGAGACUUAGAUCGGAUGGCAGCAGACAUCGGGCAUGCAGGUAAGAGCUGAGACUGUGGUGUGCUGCGAGACGAACAGGGAGAUGAAACUCAGGAGAUGAAACUCAGGAUUUUAGUUUUUAAAGCGUUACAGCGUCUAAUGUAGGAGAUGAAGCCUGUUUUUAAUCGUAUCGAUGAAAUACCAACGUGACUUCUAGUUUUUGGUCUGAUAUUAUGGGAACAAACUAAGAACUGGAUGCGCGUAAUAAUAAAUAUCGCAGAGAAUUACGCAUUUGGCUCAUGAAACAAAAUGUACGUGUUUGUACAAAAGUUGUUUUAAAGAAUUCUAACCAUGGAUCAGUCAUUUAGUUUGUAAAAUUUCCCAUCAUGUUUGAUAUUUUUGUUGUGAAUUUUCUUCCAAAAAUUAGUAAAAUGAUCCAAAAACUUUCCGGUUAGUUUACAAUAUAGAACAAAAUCUCUCCUUUUUGUAUCAUGACAGUUUUUAAGAAUCGUUUCUUGCACUUAUUUUUUUCAUUUUUUUAUUAAAUUCUUCUGAGUGAAAAUUUAAUGUCGUCUAUAAAAGUUGGGGGGAACAUGAACCUAUGUUAAAAGGGAACUUGAGCUUCUUCAUGAUCCUCUAAUAAAUUUAAAAGGAAGCAGCAAAUCACAAUGUUCCGUUCAGGCCUCUUACUGUGUGUUUUAAUGUCAGCACAUAUAAAGCUUUUUUAUUUUUAAUGCAUGUUCUGAGCGCCUCUCUGUUCGCUUCUGAUAGGUCAGCUGUCUCCACACACCUUUACGCACAAUGAGCGGAGAUCGUUUUGUCUCUUGGAUGAUUUAAGACUCUUUCUGUGUGUCUGUCUGUGAAGCGCUGCAGCUCUCAGGGAUGCGUCCACUCGUGAUUCGGUUUACUGAACUCUGUGUGAAAAGCUGCUGAGUAAAAACUAGAUUAGAGGAACAGACUGAGAGUACGGUGUCACCGGGUUAUAUGCUGGUUAUUUGCGUUCACGACUAAACGUGAAGUACUCAGACUGAAAGAUUUUACCACUGAGGAAACCAUGAAACCUGUAAAUACGCUUAAAACACCAUUAAUUCAGUUUCACUUGUGUACAAAAUCAUUGCUUACCGAUUUUUAACGUGGAAAAAGAACUUCUAUGUGGUGAAUAAAAUGAUCUAAAUUUAUAUCAUAAAUAACUAUAAGACUUGCAUGAUGUUGAAUGAUUAUUCCAGCACUGACAACUGAAUUUUCUAGAUAAAAUGUAUCUGUUUAAAAAAACUAUUAAUUCAGUGUGGUGUUUAAACUCCAGCUCAAGAAGCUGUGUUACACCUACACUAUUUUCUCUUUACAUAUCUGAUUAUUUUCAGAUACGCAAUAACAGCAAUACAACAGGAAACUGACUCUGACUCCCCCGUGAUGUUUGCUGACUAAACCUCAACUUUUUACCUCUCAAUCUGCUCUGCAACACGUCCUUUUUUUCUGACUUUAUUGUGAAACUCACUUCUUUAUUUACUGCAUGUGAAGCUUACUUGGCUUGUUUUUUUUUGCAUCUCGUGCUACAAGAAUAAGCAAAAAUAAAUUAUUUUAAUGUAGACCCACUUUAGAGAAUCUACAGGGAUAUUACUGUCACUUGCACCGGAGUGUUUCUUCAUAAAUUAAACAUGUAAUUUAUGCUUAUGGAGUUAAAAAAAGGCUUCUAAAUUAAACAAGGCGGUAUGAGUAUGGGAAGCAAAUUGUAAUGAAAGAAAAUAAAAGGUUAACACAACGUUUUAAGCAGAUGUGUGCAGUGUUUAUGUGACUGAGGCUGCAUGCAGAGGUAGGAAGUUUAGUCUCCUGUGUCACCCCCAAACCACAAAAGUGACAAAACAGACAAAACACAGGGACAUGAACAUCAGCGCAGUGCAAUGACUGAAUGCUGCUGCCUUUAAUUACAGUAGUAACAAAUUUCCUCCGCUUGUUGACGCAUCAUUAAAAAGAAAGCUGUCAGAUCAAACGACAGCCGUGCAUGUAACAGUGACCUUUCUGAACUCUGCAGCACUGCACUGGAUGUACAAGCUCAUAAAAGCUUGUAUAAAAAGGUUGUUCAACACGACAAAACAACAAAACAGAGCGAGGUGUGAGCUUCAAAUGUGUACUGUAACCUGAUAUCUGUGUUUUCUGACUUAAUAUCUUUGCAAUCGAAGAUGGCUUCCUAACAGGAUGCAGUGAGCUUACACUCACCGUUCAGAUCGAGAGUUUGACAGAGCAUGUUUUACUCUGGCCUUUCACUUUAUGUCACUAGGCUAUAUCAAAGAGUCGGCGCAGAUAUUUCGAGUCGUACCGCUGCUUCUCUAAACACUUUCACAGACAGCGAGUGAAAAGAGAUCCUAAUUGUGUUGGUGGGAAACCCACAGCCACUCUGACUGUCGUCACCACAAGACGAGAAUACGUUGUUUAUGUAGAGCACGUUAAGAGGGCUCAAAAAUGUGGUUUUGAGUGCUAAAAAUUUAUGAAAUUACAAGAAACUGAACAUCCUCAUGGCUUAAAGACCCCUCUUUAAAAUCCUGAAAGGCCAGAUUUUCCGUCAUGCGUUGUAAUGCAAUUGACCUGGGUCAUACAAUACAGCACUGUAGGCCGGGUAUGGAUGUGAAUGGACACUCAGUGUGUGUGUGUGUGUGUGUGUGUAUGCGGGUGCGCAACUUGUCACCCUGUGCUGCACUGCAACAGUCAGAUGAACACCCGCUCAUGCAGGCCGAGUUUCUGCAAAGGCUUUCUGCAAGUUUCGGAAAGUUAUUGGUCCAUUCCUCAUAUAACCCCAGCGAGUCUGAUGUGACCGACGUUGAAAAUUUAUAGUAAAAUAUGAGUGUUGAGUAAUCAAAACCAGAUAGAAACCAGGAGUGGAAACAGUUUAGAUGACAACUCGGAACCUGAUGGAGCGUUUACCGACAUAAACCUGCCAUACAGGCCUUAAUUUCACUGUUUUUUACUGUAUUCGACAAAGUUUGAACUAAUACUGAGCCAUAUCCUACAAACAAGCAAUGAGUAUUAAAGGAAGCACUUAUACAAAUGAGAUCUUAAAUGAUUAUUUCUUGUGGUACGCAUUGUUUUAAAAAGUGUUUUCUUUGCACUUUGGUGGCUGUUCUUCACAUGAUCACUUGCUGACUCUCACUGACUUUUCAUUUUCCACUUUAUCCGUGAUGACUUUCCCUUCUGAUGUAAAAUUUCAGCCUGAUGCUGAAUAUGCAUUCUCAGAAAUAAACCGCUAAAACUGUACUUAGGUUUGACCUUUAGAUCUCUGACUACACAGUUUAGCUUCAGUCUUUAGUAAGAGAUAAAAAUAGACUAAUGCUUCUUUUCUCUAUGCACGAUAACUGGGAAUUCCUCCGUUUAACAUUCGUCAAGUUAUUUUUUGAAUAUAGAUUCACACUUCCCCUUUUUUGUGCCGUGAACACUGAAUGAAAUAAACAAGAAGUGAAUGAGCUGGUGUCAGGAAGGCCAUGAUCACACAGAUGACAUGAUAUUUAUUUAGUUGCUUGUUUCCCAUCAGCGCGGCUCAGCCCUCAGGGACACUUUGAAACGUUUAAUCUCGUAAGUAAACUCUCCUCAGAUGCCACUGCGUGAACAAUACAUGAUGCUUCAUGCGUGCAGCUGAAAAAGUUUAUUUUCGGCUUGUUGGAACAAUUAGUGUUGAUAUUUGAGUGUGUGUGACUGCGUGAGCGUGUGUGUGCAUAGGUUUUUUUGUGUGCUGAUUUACAUCCUUUGCGCUCACUGCUCCUUAUAUGACUGGGCAGACAGAGGAGCAGAGAGAGAGAGAGAGCUAUCUUUUUUUGGAUGUGUCCUUCCCCUGCAGGUUUAUACCUGCUGUUCAUCACACUGAUGAAACAUUCAUCUUUUGCUCUGUUUGAAAGCCUGCACACCACCUCUGGAAUACUUUUAUCAGGGAGCCAGCAGCUACAAAUAUAUGACAGCGGCUUUUUUCUUUUUUUAAUUCUCUAAAUUUUUUCUUUCUCUUCUGCUCGCUGCAGAGGAAGUAGAUUUCCGAUAAUGAGAAAACCAUUGCAGCUCUCCACCUUUAGCGAAAGUUUACUUUAAUGAGAGGCCUUCACGUGCACGCUCCAUGCUGGAGUUCUGCAGCCGAAACAUGUUCAAUCAAGUGGGAAGUGAAUUAAACCGACUGAUUCUGUAAUUUUAAAAAUGCAAAAACAAACUGAGCACUAAAACUUCAAUAAAGAGUUUGAGAAUUAAGUUAUUAGUUUGCUAAAAUAAUCUAUUAAUCCAGCUCUAACCAAAACAGCACUAUCCUCUGUGGCUUUUCCCGUUACAGUUUCCUUUUCACUCACAUUUUUCAUCUUUUAAUCCCACUUUUAUCAUCCUCUAAAGUUCAAAUCUGUUUCCCAACUGUUUUUUCCCCUCAGAGUCAGAGCUUACCCUUCUUCUAUAAAAACUAAGAGCCGCCAGAAGUCAGAAGUAAAUUAAAAAAAGUCCUUAGAAGCAUCCAAACUAUCCAGAAAGUGCGCUGAAUUGGUUCUAGUUAAAAUGUGCGAACCUCAGGGCAGACAAAGCCCCUUGGAGUUCCCCUAACAGAGGCCAGGACCCCAGGUUAGGAACCGGUGGUGUAAAUAAUAAACAUUCUUGCACAAAUACUCAAAUAACCACGCUUGUGGUUCACAGAUGUACGAAUCCGUCCUAUGAUUGAGCGCUGAAAGUCUUAUUGCCGCAUGACAUUUACAGACCUCUGUUGUUCCAGGUGGCGGACUGAAGACGAUGCUGGAUGCCAUGGACGUUCCAAGUCAUGCUAGGGAUCUCCUCCUGCAGCUCAACAGCCAGCGCACCAAGGGCUUCCUGUGUGAUGUCAUCAUCGUGGUGCAGAACGCCCUCUUCAGAGCUCAUAAGAACAUUUUGGCCGCCAGCAGCCUCUACUUGAAAUCCCUGGUGGUCCACGACAAUCUCAUCAACCUCGACCACGAGAUGGUGAGUCCAGGGGUCUUCAGAGUCAUUUUGGACUACAUCUACACAGGCCGCCUUAGCGAGGGGGACCCCACCUCUCCCACUGAACCCAAUCUAGGGGCCGUUUUGGCUGCAGCCAGCUACCUGCAGCUGCUUGACUUGGUGGCUUUGUGUAAAAAGAAGUUGAAAAGAAAUGGCAAGUACCCUCCACGCCCAAGUCCUGCAUUUCUGCCUUACCCAAAGAUGGGGCCCGCUGGUUUAGGCUCAGGGGGUGGGGGCAGGUAUAGGGUUUCUACCAUUCAGUCCUGCCAUGCAGCCCGAGCAACAGCACUAGAGGAGCUAGUCCCCCAUCGACUAGCCAUCCAUGCUGGGGAGCUGUACGCCCCCACCUCCGCCCAAGGCUCUCAGGUGUUCCCAUCCCUGCAGCCGACUUUGCCAGCUCAGCUCGGCCGCUUAGCCCAUCCAGACAGGAACUGCUCCCCCAACUAUGGUCUUGAUCUCUCCAAGAAAAGCCCCAACUCCCAGUCCCAGCACACACCCUCCCAUCUGGCAAACACCCACAACGAUGAGGAGCGAGACGGGACUCUGAGCGAACGCACCAGUCCCAUGCAGGUGACCAACGGGGGGGCAUUUCCCUCAGAGAAAAGAGAUUCCACCGACCAGGCCAGCUCCUUAACUCCUCCACCUUUCCCCCACCCUCAUCUCAACCAGCCUCUCGCUCCACACCUCCCCCACCUGCACCGCUCCAGCUCUCAAGGCACGGAUCGCUACCUGUGCCCCCCAAGCCCCGAAAACCCCACAGAGGGUGCAGAGACGGGCAGAGACAUGAGCCAAAUCUACCGCUGGGUUAAACCUGAACCAUUCACAGCUGACGAUGACGAAGAGGACGAGGAUGAGGAAGAAGGGGGUGAAAACGGAGACCAGCAUCACAACCACCACAAGCCAGGAGAAGACAGUGAAGGAGCAGACGACAAGAGCGGGUCAGGCACAGAAGAGACGGGCAGCAGUGAAGGCCGCCCUUCACCUUCUGGAGGGAUGGGGAGGUUCCACAUGCCCUAUGAGCCUGAGAGCUUUGGAGACAACCUGUACGUCUGCAUCCCCUGUGACAAAGGUUUCCCGAGCUCGGAGCAGCUUAAUGCACACGUGGAGACACACACGGAGGAGGAGCUGUACGGAAACUCUGGAGGGGAGAUGGGGAACAACAAUAACAGCAGCAACAAAAACAUCAGCAGCAAUACGAAUGGUUACGGGGGCCUGAACAGCAGCAACAGCUUGAACAGUCUCUCCCACCUCGAGACCAAAUCCAGCCAGAGUCUGAGCCCAGGGGGUAUCGUGGAGAUGAUCAGACCCUAUCGCUGCUCCUCCUGUGAAAAAUCCUACAAAGACCCUGCGACUCUGCGCCAGCACGAGAAGACCCACUGGCUGACCCGGCCUUACCCCUGCAGCAUCUGCGGCAAGAAGUUCACGCAGCGCGGCACCAUGACGCGCCACAUGCGGAGCCACCUGGGCCUCAAACCCUUCGCCUGCGACUCCUGCGGCAUGCGCUUCACCCGCCAGUAUCGCCUCACGGAGCACAUGCGCAUCCACUCGGGGGAGAAGCCGUAUGAAUGUCAGGUGUGUGGCGGGAAAUUCGCCCAGCAGCGCAACCUCAUCAGCCACAUGAAGAUGCACAGCGGCGGAGGCGGCGCAGGGGGGUUGACCACGGAUGGGAAACUGAAGCUGGACUUUGCAGAGGGCAUCUAUCCUCUGAGUAAAUACGCAGCCGAGCAUCUGGGGCUGAAGCCGGAGAAAGCGAACGAGCUGCUCAUCCAAGCACAGCAGCAACUGGUAGCAGAUCAAAAGGUCAUGGAGAGCCUCUACCCGCUGUCCAAACUGGCCUCGGAGCACCUGGGCCUCUCCCAUGACAAGAUGGACGUCCUGGGCCAACCCCUCCCCCCUCCUCCACAGGCCCUCUCUGAAAGCCGCACCAUCGAUCGCUACUCCCCCAGCUAAGACUGCACGACUGGUUUUAAAACAGCAAUCACCAAAUAGGUCUGUGUGCACACUUUUUUGUUUUUUUGCAGUAUUCAAAAGCCGUUCACCUCAACUCAGUAUCUCCUCUGCACCUCAGACUCAGGCCAAAAGGAACUGGUCUGCUUAUGCACACCACAAUGUGUAGACUGUAAGUGCCUUCAAUGCAUCCUAUGUACCUUUAAGCCUUCCUUUCUGGAGGAGGGGCUCCGUGCCUUCCUGUGACCAAGGGACACUCACUCAAAGACGUACAGUAUUUAUGUACAGCGUAUGCAAAAGAAACAUUUCAAAAAUUUACAGCUAUUGAGCCAAAGCGACAAACCGAAAAAACCAAAAUGAGACUGUCUUAUUUAUUUUUGUAUAAUGGUGAUAUCCAAAGAGAAACUGUUGCAAGGAAACGUUGCAAUCUGACCCUAAACCUGUGUACAAAAAAAAAAAAAAAAGCACAUAAGGACAUGAUUCAGGGUUUUCGGUCCAGACCUGAGCGGAACUUUUACAAAAUGCAUAAGCCAACUCUUCUGGACUUUAAAGAAAUGGGAAGAUGUAUUUUUAUUUUCAUUUUUUGUUUGUUUUUGGGGUACUGGACAAUUCAUGUAUCUCAUUCUCCAGCUUUGCCAAAAUAUGUCCCUGUAUCCUACAAUCAUCGGUUCAUUUUGGUUAAGCUUUCCUUUAUUUUUCCCCACAUUUUUUAGGGUAACCCACACCCUUCGAGGAUUAAAAAAAAAUCAUCUUAUGUGACAGUAAUGGUCGCUUAAUAAGCCUUAAACUCAGCUCGAACUUGAGCUGAAACUUCCUUUAAUAUUCGACUAACUUCUUGAAGCCUUCGGUUGUUAUUGAGCACAGCCCUGUGAUGUCAGGACUGGGACAUGACCACACAUACCCAACUGAUGACAAACUGAUCCCAGAUCAUGGGGAGUGCAGCUCCGUCGAAGAGAGGGUGUUGCCUCUGAAUGUUUUCAGUAUUAACAAUAGUGGAUGCAGCUGAGCGGAGAGGCAGGGGGGGCAGCUCAGAAUUAAUGACACAAAUAUUUGUCAUUUGCUGUCAGGAAAAAUGACUGAAUUCGCAUUAGCUUGAUGAUUAAUGGAGCUGCAGCAGUAGUCGGCGUCUUCUCCACUGUUGGACCUCCCUGCUACUGUUGACAGGCCAAUUGAGUGCUGCACUAACACACAUAGACCCCCUCUCUCUACACACACACACACACACACACACACACACACACACACACACACACACACACACACACACACACACACAGAUAGCAGCCUGCUAAUCUGCCCCUGAUAGGAACAUAAGACGGGGUUUGUGGGUCUUCCCCCAGAGCAGGCGGGUUAACAGCGCACCCCAGCUGCUGUGCCUCAGUAAUCCCUGUGAAAUCUCACUUUCUCCAGGACAAUUCGCACCGCUCGCCGGCACCAUGUCCCAUUUCAUGCCUGCCAUCUUACCCCUCUGAUCCACUUAUUAACACCACGUCCGAGCCCCGGCAAAUGUCUCCCUCCUCCUCCGCCUCCUCCGCCUCCCCCUCUCCUGCUGGUAUCAAAGAAUGUUUCUGCCUUUGCUGACCAGCAGUUCUUCCAGCUUGAAAACAAAAGAGCACUUAAAGGUUGCGGGUAGACGGCACAUUUUUGUCUUUUUCCAAAGAAUUUUUUUUUUUUUCCAUUCUUUCUUGUCCUCGAUUCAGAUUAGAAAUGUCUGACCACUAUAGUGCCAACACCAACCUCAGUGGGUGAAUGUGAAGACUAAAGCCAUAAAUACACUGUGAUAGACGAAGUGAAUCUUAAGGGCUUAAAAAAAUUACAGAGACCAUGUGCCUGACUUUAGGGAAUGUUUUUUUUUUUCUUUUAUAAUAAUUUAAGGGCUUCUUCUCUGUAGCAUAUGAUCAUAUCAGACAUGUUGUUUUUUUCUGUCACUUCCUUUUCUUUCUUUUUUGGUUUGAACUGAAAGCAGCGCACGUGAAACUGGUGCUUACCUCAGGACUGAACCCAGCGGGAUGCUUAGCUUUACUAAACCUUUAAACACACUUUAACACACACACACACACACUCACACACACUCUGAACUUUCUCAUUUACAGGGCAUUUGUCCUGUGUUAAACCUGUGGUUAUUUCUGUGUUCAUACAUUUCUUGUUGCAGUUUUAUGUCAGAGAUAACAUGUGAUAUUAACUUUUUUUUUUUUUUUUUACUUUUUAUGCGGUAACUAUUUUUCUUAUGUGUGUCCUCAAAGAGGCGUCUGAUUCCAUUGUCGUAACAUGAGGCUCAGUCAUUUCAGUAGCAUCUAAACUGGCAGUUUGUGAAUUCCUGAACCACGCCGAAACAAAAGCGAUCGCAUCAAUCUGAAGUUUCAAUCACGUAUACACUCGAGUCUAGGUCGCCGUUUUGAAAAACUUCUCUUUACAACAUGAUAUAUCCUCAGCACUUCCCUGAACAGAUAAGCAUUUUCUAUUUUCUGCAGGGUGAGCAUGAAAAUCAGCCGAAUAUUGUUUGACCUCUUUUCUCAAGAGGUUACUGAACUUCAUGUCAGAGUCAGACUGAGACUGCACACAAACACACAGGAAGCCAGCUUAUUUGGGCUACGUUUGAAGUUUUGUUUCACUGCUUUACAAGAAAAACUCGGGUAAAGCCUAAAGAAAUACGUGCAAACUGUUCAAAGUGAAGGAACAAGCGAGUGUCAGUCGUGGGAAUUUUGGUGCUUCUCAUUCACAAGUUGAAAUGAAAAUCGUCUCCUCCUUUUUCCCUUUGCUUACAGCGUUAAAACAACAUAAAGUGUUCCCACUGACACUCCAAAUCUGUGCAGGAGGGAAGAGCAAGAUAAUGCCUGGACAUUUCAGAAGGAUGUUCACUGUUUGAGAUUUGCUUAAUUGCAUGAAUGUUAAAGACAGACAGGGGUGGAGGGUCUGGUAUCUAUAGAGAGAGGAAGCGCUCGCUUGUCUGUUUGUGUGUCCCAGUGCCAUCAGAGUGAAUUAGGGGAUGUUAAUGUAUGUCCUGGGAAUAAUUUUGGUGUGAAGGAGAAGAGCCGAGGAGCAGGAAGUGAACUUUUGGCUGGUGUGUCGUGUCGGGCAGGAUGUGCCGUGUGUUUCUGCUCAGAGGCAGAUAGAGAGACGGAGAAUGGGGAGGGAGAGGAGCAACGGAGAGAGCGCAGCAGGGUGCGCGCGAGCCAUUGUCCCAGUAUGAAAGAGUGUUUCGUACUUCUAAAACUCUCCAUUCAGAAAACAACCAGACUGUAUCUUCUCUUUUCCUUCCCCUCUUUGCUCUUUGGGAAUUAAACCUCUGCUCAGUAUCACCCUGAUACGACGACGUGGGCUUUCAAGGGGCUGCGUGGUGAGGAAGCCGUUCAGACAUUUUGUUGCACUUUCAGGAUGUUGUGGAUUAAACUUUUUUGGCAUUCAGAGAGGAUUUCAGUACAAUAUUCCCGCCGUGUGCCUUAUUUUAAAAAAAAUGAGGGCUCAGUGGAUUAAGAUGUGGAGACUAAUGUAAAUCAUAGUGUAAAAAAACAGCUGUAUUCCUCUUUCUCUGUGGCUGUUUUAAUUAGUGAAAUGACUCCAGCCUUGCUUCAAUUAUUGGCGUAGCCGCUCAUCCCAUGAGCUUUAAUGCCAUCUGCUUUCGUUAAUGUAAUUUAUACGAGACACCAACCCAGAAAAGUCUCCUUGCCACCAAAGUGGUCAGGAUGAAGAUGUUUAGAAAGUCAUAAAAUUAGGAUUCGAGAAAAUUUAUGAGUUACAUAAAUUGAUGUAAUGAAAAUGACUAAAUGCUAAUAUAAAUUAGAAUAAGUAAGACACACCACCAGCUGUAAGAUGUGGGUUUUUGUUUUUAUUUUACGUAAUUCUUAAGACCACUUUAUUCCUCUUUGUUGUUGUUAUGGCAACCAUCCAAGGGCUGUAACUCACACAACACUAAUAAUAUAGAUGACAAAAGGGUCUGAAUGAGCUCCAGCGUGUGGACCUUAAAAGGAUUCAGGUGUAAUGGUAAAAUAUGCAACUCUUCCUUUAAGCUUUCCAGCAGCAGCAGCACAGAGCUGAGGUCACCUGUGUGACUCUGACAGACUGAAUCACGCUGAUCCGCUUUGUGUUUGACAUUUACUGUAUUUCACCCAGCGCGCCAAAAAAAGAGAGAAGUACCUCUGCGGUCAUCACAGGUGCUUCAAACUAAAGUCAGCGACCGUUUUAGCAUUUCUGCGUCCACUUGCUGCGGAUCUUGUGACUGAUUUUGCCUUUUUUUUCUGAGAGUCAUAAGUCCAUGUGGUUUUUAUAAGAGCACAGGGCGGACAUGACGCUUUUGUCCAGUAUGCAUAUUUCUUUUAUGAGGACAAAUGUUUCGAUGCAAGCGAGAGCCAGAUAAUAUCUAUAACCGAGCUUUAUUUUGGCGGUAGACCAAAAGAAUGCGCUUUGGUCAAACGGUAUAAAUGUGCCUUCAGAAUCAAAAGCAUCAGGGAUCCUCGUGUAUGAAGUGUGUGUGCGUUUGCAUGUGGAGGUGUUCAGUGCACCUGUCCAUCUCCGUGUCUGAACGCCUUUCCCACAGUGCAGCAGGGCGAAGUACAACGCAGAGAUUUGACACUUUCUAGUCUUUAUUACAAGCAGCUGCUUUAGAUUUAUUUCCCUGAACUGCACUUUUCUGGAAAAAUCAUCGUAUUGUGAUUUUUUAUUACUCUCAUGAUCCCCAAGAAGUCCCACAAUUGCCUUCCCUCUGGCUUUUUGCUUCCUCCUCCUCUCCCUCCUUUCAGUGCGGAGCUUGGCCACGCUCGUUCUGCGCCCUUAUUACCUCCACUCACAUCCUCCCUCGUCACCUCUUCUUGUCCCCUCUCUCCUCUUACACUCCACACAAACCGCCGACCCACUCCACUCCACCCGCCUCCUCCCUCCCUCCUCUUUCUCGCCCAUGAUCCACUUACUUCCAGCUGUUUUUCAUGCUGAAGAAGACAGUUGUCUAAAUGUUUAUGCAAAGAGCUACUUUCUUUUUCUUUAAGCCCCUGAUCAAUUUCCAAAAUGAACGCUGCGGCAUGUGCAAAAAUACACCCGGUGAUGGGCCAAAUGAAAAAAACAAACCUGACAUGGUUAUUGUUUUCUGAUCCGGAGGGCCAGGACUCGGCUCACAAAGGGAGAUUAAAGACGACGUAUCGUUGUAGAGGAAAUGCAGAAUAAUGUGAGGGGAAAUGUUCAGGCGAAAAUAUGCGCAGAAAGAUGCCAGUAAAGUAAACACGUAUGAAAUUGCACAAUUGAGCCAGGGCCUCGGCUGCACCGGCCAAGUCAUGCACUGAGAUGGAGAGAGGAAGAAAUGGAGACGAGUAGAGAAGGAGAGAAGCAGGGACAGAGUGAAAAUUGGCUUGUGUUUGAUAGACGUAACCUUGAGUAAAUAACUAGGAAAAUCUGGUUGCUUUUCCUGUCUGAUCAUGUCUUUAUUCUCCGUACACCCUUUGCCUUCUUUUAGGAAAUUACUUUUGAGGAAAUACCAUUUUUUUGCCCUCUCAUUGUUGAUUGCGGCGGGUCAUUGUGAAACGCUUUUAAGGGCCAACAUCAUGUCAGUGUGCCCUUUGAGAAGUCAUCCUUCAUUACUGAGUCAUUAUCACCCAAUCAGCACAUGGCCCACCGUGGGCUCUUUUUAGAUUAACAAGGAAAGGAGGUUAGGACUGCUUUGGGCGUCCUCAGAUCUUGAAUACCAGCAGGACUGACUGACUGACUGGACUUUGACUCCUUAAGUUUAAAGUUUUUGAUGGUUUAAGUUUCAAAAAACAAGGUUUAAAGGAGCUAAAGUGGAUCAGGCAGAGGAUUUGAUAGAUAUUUCACGAACACACACAUGCACACCCAGCUGCAUGGCAGACUGCUGCUCCAGAUUAGGUCAGAUUUAAUUAGGCUGCCCUGCUCCGUUUGGACUGUCACUUCUUGUAGAAAAAGCCAUUAUUAAAAUAAAAGGGGAUUCCACUGACAGCUUUUCUUCCAACACACACAUACACACACUAAAACCUGAACCUCAGGCGUCUACUUCACACACACACACACACAGGCAUCAAAUCUGGCGUUGGAAAAAACAGUUACGUGUAGAAGUGAUGGAUCAUGACCAAACAAAGAUGAUGUUUUCAAACUGUUGUGGUUCGAGCAUAAGAAAGUUCAGCAGGAACACAAACUGCCACGCAGACAGCAGAAAAACAGACAUCAGAUAUUUGCAAUUAAAAUGAGUCUUCAAAGGAUCUUAUUUCAGCAGGUGUCCAUGAAACUUUGAGUGUUUAGUUCUGUGUUUCUACAAAGUUCAUACCAAAAAAAAAAAGAAGCUUAAAGCAAUAUAAUUAAACCAAACAGUAUUUCUGCAUUUCAUCGUCAAUAUUGAUCUUACUUUUGCUUUAAUGAAAUGAAUGUAUUUAUUGCAUGUCCAAUUGUUUUAUAGUUAAUUUUUGUGUAAAUUUCAAUUGUGGGUUUUUAUAAUAAUUUCAUUUAAUAAUGGUGUCUUGAUACAAUCAUGUUGAUAAGGCUUUUAUUUUUUUAAAAGCCAAUGUGAAUUAUGUCAUGUUUGUUUUGUUUGUUUCUAUACUCAGAAUCAACUUGGCAAUAAAGUGAAUUGCAUAACGGAUUUACAAAGAA